AUGUGUUUUCAUAUCGACAGUUUCAAGGGCGAUGGCGGUAGCCCAUGUUUCGAGAACAAGAAAGAUUCUGUAGAAGAUGUGGAAGUUCUUUACCUACGUAGGCCUCUUCAAAAGAGAAAGGACACGAAGUUGCAUGAUAAUGUGGUUAGACUGCGGAAGGGCAUUGGCAGAGGGCAUAUCUACGAAAUUCAGGAGCUCUUGGACCAGAUUUUACUUUGGGUGGGCCUCGUUGGUGAACUUAUUUACUCUGUGGCAGGAAUUGUUGGUUUGACUGGCGACGGACCAUGGGAGCCGCUUGUCGGAUCGCAGACGUUUCUUAUAUAUUUGGCAUCAAAAGUCAAAGUUGGAGACUCAAGCAAGGAGAGGCAACCAGGAAAGCAAGCAAUCACUUUUCUCUUGGCUGCAAACCUCUCUAUAUUCUUCAUGAACUUAUUUGAAAGCGAGAAGCCUGGGGUUUCCGAAAAUAUCAUAGACUUUUAUGGAAAACGAUCUUGGGUAUUCCUGGUGCGCAGCUUCUCGCCACUUACCAUAUUCUACAGAUUUCACAGUUCUGUGUGCCUCGCCGAAAUUUGGAAGAAUGUUUAUGCAAAUAAAUAA